AUGCCUGUGACUGAAUUCGACUUUGAUGCGCUGAAGGAAUACAUCACUUCUUCCAGGGACGAGAUCCUUAGGGGAAUUGCAGCUAAGGAGAAGAAGAAGUAUGUGGGUUCGUCUUCAAGCAUGACAUCGGUGCUUUCUCAUUUUCAUUACCUCCUUUCUUCAUGGAGGCCAAUUAAUGCUUCAACACUCUCGCAAGGCUUCCCAGAUAAGCUGCGUACGUUCACGCGACUUCUGCGAGCUCCAUCGGCCAUGUUUCUCCGGUACCAAGACGGCGUAUACGCAAUUGACGCUGAUAAGGAAUUCGACUCUGCCAAUAUCCUGAUGAACCUUGGCAAGUCACUGGAGAAACUUCUCACAUUACCAAAGGAGGACUUUGAGCGAUACAGAAGAACCAGUACAAAUAAGAUCUCAGCGGAGGAGGAAUCAGCCAUUCCUGAGGCCUACCAUUAUUCGACAACGGGUGAUUUCGUCAUGAGAUCCCAAUUGGACGCUUACGACCCCAGACUUCCGGGAACUGGAAUGUUUGACUUGAAGACUCGAGCGGUCGUGUCUAUUCGCAUGGACGUGCGCAACUUCGAGCAUGGUCUUGGUUAUGAAAUCCGCCGUCGCUUCGGCACUUAUGAGUCCUAUGAACGCGAAUACUUUGACAUGAUUCGGGCCGCAUUUCUGAAAUAUUCUCUCCAAGUGCGUGUCGGUCGCAUGGACGGAAUAUUUGUGGCUUUCCACAACAUUGAGCGUAUCUUCGGGUUCCAAUAUGUCAGUUUACCGGAAAUGGACGAGGCUCUGCAUGGUCAAUCCGAUACUUCAUUAGGUGAUGCCGAGUUCCAGCUUAGCAUUGCCCUAUGGAAUAAGGUUCUUGACAAAGCCACGGCGAAAUUCCCCAAGAAGUCUCUUCGGUUCCACUUUGAGACGAGAGACGCACAGACACCGUUCAUGUACAUCUUUGCGGAACCGGUGACCGACGAAGAGAUCCAUGCCAUUCAAACGAAGAAUUCGGAGAAGAUCGAAGCAUAUCAACGGCGCAUUUUGAACCUCACUCCCAUAGAGGAAACCGAGCCAUCAUCUUCCCCAGCGGUGCUUGAGAAAGCAGAGAGCCAGCCCUCGAGCACUCCGGAAAUUAAGACAGACGUGACGUCUGGUAAGGAGGCCCAGGCUGCACAGGAAAGCUCUCCCCCUCCCACCACCACCGACCAAAAACCAGCCGCCGCUUCGACCGACUCACCAUCCGCGGAGUCAACUCCCGCACCCGAGCAGCAAGCUCAACCAGACGAACCGCGCGACCUUCUCGCCAUGACGCUCAUCAUCAAGAACAAAGUCAACGGGUUCUACGUUGAGCGGCCAAACGAAUACAGGUCGACAGACGACUGGACCGUGCAGUGGGAGCUGACGGAGCUCCACGGCCCACAGGCGCAGUCGCUGUACGCCGCGUGCCAGAAGCGGCGCCAGAAGGCCCUCGCCGGCCGCGGCGAGGACGAGAGCGACAUCGCAGCCAAUGUAUAUAUCCGCAAACUGCGCGAUAUCAGCCGGCGGGGCCGCAAAUACCGCCAGGAGGAGGACAAACUGGACAAGGAGAAGGGCAUUGUCGUGCUGGGCGAAUCAGCCUAA